CUAUGAAUGUGUUGUUUUUAUUGUUUUUCAAAUUAUUUGAAAAUUUUGAAAAUUACCUAUUUUGUAAGCAUUAGAGAAUUGGACAUGUGGAAAAUGCUUUAGAUAGGACACUAUAUUAUUGUACAAAGUUCCAGAAAGAACACACUCAAUUUGUGAGUUAUCUUUCUUCAGAAUUCUCUUGUAAAAGUUUCUGUUUAUCAAUCAUGGUUGUUGAAGUUUGUGUCAAGGCUGCUGUGGGUGCCCCUGAUGUCCUUGGAGACUGUCCAUUUAGCCAAAGGGUACUUCUGACGUUGGAGGAAAAGAAAGUGACUUACAAGAAGCACUUGAUUAAUGUUAGUGACAAGCCCAAAUGGUUCUUGGAGGUGAACCCAGAAGGGAAAGUUCCCGUGAUCAAUUUUGGUGAAAAAUGGAUCCCAGAUUCUGAUGUCAUUGUUGGGAUUAUUGAAGAGAAAUACCCUAAUCCCUCUCUCAUUGCUCCCCCUGAAUUUGCCUCUGUGGGCUCGAAAAUAUUUCCUACCUUCGUCUCAUUUCUGAAGAGCAAGGAUUCUAGUGACAGUACUGAGCAGGCUCUCCUUGAUGAAUUAAAGGCUUUGGAAGAGCAUCUCAAGGCUCAUGGACCAUAUGUCAAUGGGCAGAAUGUUUGUUCAGUUGAUAUGAGCUUGGCUCCAAAACUGUACCAUCUCGAGGUGGCUCUUGGACACUUCAAGAAGUGGAGUGUGCCUGGAAGCUUGAGUCAUGUGCGUAACUACAUGAAGCUGCUCUUCGAGCGAGAGUCGUUCCAGAAAACCAAGGCUGAAGAGAAGUACGUCAUCGCAGGGUGGGCUCCAAAGGUUUAACGUAUGACUGACUCGAAACUAUAAUCAUGUUUUGUCUCGAGUAGUUAGCAGUUCGAUGAGUGCAGCAUUAUGAACGUGAUCUAUAUAGUAUGAUCUAAAUAAAAACGUUCAUCGUUGGUCUGUGGAUCGAUUAAUCCUUGUACUGUUUGUGUCUAAUAAACAAGUUAUGUUCUGAAACUUUUAUUAGUUAAUGUAAGGUGUUAGUUGUUGAUCUUUUG